UCAGCUGGAUCGGCCAGCUGCAAACAACUCCGCAGCUAACGGAAAAUAGCGUUUUACGUAAAGUUUCCAAAUUUUUUUUCAUCGCGCUGAACUUUUUCAAAGUUUCCGAAUGUUGGCAAGAAAAUAAUGCCGAAACUUGGUCCUCACUGAAAGUUUAAUGGUGUUGCUGGGAGGUUGAACAUUUAAUCAUUUCUUCGAAUUUGUUCAGUCAAAUAAUGUGCCAUGGGGUUCUGAACUUUCCUGGUAAUAAUUAGAUGGGCUUCGAUGGGAAAUAUAAAUCGAAACUCCUAAUUAAGGAAAUGUUUCUAGAGAUUUUGAUUAUUUUAUUAUUGUUCAAUACGUUUCGUGGUCCCAAUUUUCGGAAAUUGGCCUUGAUGUACUUUUAAAGUUCCACUAAGGUUCAAUUAAGGGCUUCGAUUAAACGUUGCUGGUUGCCUUAAUUAACGGUUCAGCCCUCAUUGAAAACUUUUAAGGAUAUUUCCAAAAAUACCCCAGCUGAGUGAAGGUUGCAAAUAUUUCCGGAAUUAUGUUGCUGUUUUUCCACUGUUUGCAUCAACAGUGAUUGACAUACUUCCUUUGCAUGCCCAGCUCGCAAUAUUGUUGAUAAUUCAACAGAAAACCGUGAUUGAUAAAUAUUCAAUGAAUGGACGCUUGCCAGACAGUACAAUGUGAAGAAACUUUGUCGGUGUGCUUUUGUGAGGAUUUCUUCUUGGAGCAAUGAAUAACGCAACAACUCUAUACUGUGACCUGAAUGCAUUUUCCCAAAAAUACGAAACAAUCCAUGGCCAGUUGAGUUUUGUGGUUUGUAUUUUAGGGUCGAUUGCCAAUGUGUUGAAUAUUUGCGUGUUAACUACCAAAGAAAUGCGAUGGCCUACCAACAUGAUCCUUACGGGACUGGCCAUAUCGGAUUUGCUGGUGAUGCUCGAGUACAUCCCAUUUACCAUCCACAGAUACAUCAAUAUCGCAGGCCAUAAAUACAUAGAAAACUACUCGUAUAAAUGGGCGCUGUUUAUGAUUUUUCAUGCGUUGUUCAGUCAAGUGUUUCACUUUAUUUCCUGCUGUUUAACAGUGAUUCUGGCCAUUUGGAGGUACUUGGCCAUAACCAAUCCGCAUAAUUCUAGACGAUGGUGCGACGCCCACAGAACUAUUUACGCUAUCAUGAUCACUUACCUGGUGUGUCCAGUUAUUUGCACGCCUCUUUUUCUGUCCCUCAAAAUUACUGCGUAUAACCAAACGUGCGACAAGCACGGACGAAUGCUCAACAAAAAGGAAUUAUUAAACUACACGGAAGUGACAACCAAGAAACUGAUUUACAUCAUCGAUUACGUGAACGAAGACUACAAAUACACGAGUUUCUGGCUCUAUGGGGUGGUGAUAAAAUUAGUUCCCUGCAUUUUACUGACUCAUUUAUCGCGGAAACUGAUAGUAGUGCUACUGGAGACGAAAAAACGCAGAAAAACCCUGCUAAGCUCCACGUUGCCGCUAGAAGAUGUCUACGAGGUUCGUCCGUUUUUCCAGAAAAAAUUCGAAAAGUAUCGACAAGCCGACAGGACGUCUGGGAUGUUGGUUGCCAUUCUACUACUUUUCUUAAUUACCGAAUUCCCACAGGCGAUUAUGGGUCUGCUAGUUGGCACAAAAGGUCAACAGUUUGAAAAGGAGUGUUACAGGCCUUUGGGAGACGUAAUGGAUAUCAUUGCUUUGACCAAUUCCGGGAUUAACUUUAUCCUGUAUUGCACCAUGUCUAGACAGUUCAGGAUCACAUUCAAAGAGAUAUUCCUGCUGCCGAUAAUGAACCAAUUUGCUCCCAGCUCACAGUAUGCCAACAUCGACAAAACGGGAGAGAAGACUCAAAUAUCAGCUGUAUAGAACAACUGGAACUUUGGUCAUUUGCUGUUAUCGUUGUGAUUUAUACGAUUUUUAUGAGAAUGCAUCUUUUUUACGCACCUGCGAGCAAGAGGACAUAAGGAUUUAAACCUCAGGUUAAAAAGGUAAUGUUUAACGUUUUUUGCAGUUUUAAAAUAUUAUUGUAAUAAAUAUACAUAAAUAUAAUGUAAUUUUCAAUUACCCAAUAUCAUUUGCUGCUCAGGAAUAUUCAAUUAAACACUCUAUGUAUUGAAUGUAAUGUUCAAUGUAUUAAUAUUUUUAGACAUAUCCGAAAAAAGUAAGGUAUUGUACAAACGAAUGUAACAUAUGUUAUACUAAUUAGUAGCUAGAAAACUGUGUAAAAAUGUUGAUAGUCAAUUGAUGGUGUUCAAUUUGAUAAAUUCUGGAAUUUCUGAACAUCGAGCCCAAUUUCAGAAAUUCUGUAAUAAUCGCUAACCAGUUUAAGAGCGUAUAUAUUUUAUACAAAUAUAUAGUUAUUAAGAAAUAAUCGUUAAAACCAUUAAAAAUGGAAUCAAACUCCGUAAAAUCAUUUAAUUGAAGCAAACAUUUUUCCAAAUGUGGCUAAUAUUUCCGAAUUAAUGUUCUUCAUCAUCAAUUGUACAAGAAACUAUAGUGAAUUGACUUCUGGCAAAACUUCAAGUUAAAUAAACGUAUUGUGUUUUA